AUGGAUCUAGCCAAUCAGAAGAGAGUGUCGGUGAUCACCGUGUGGAACGAGCCAAACAGACUGAAGGGAUUUGGUGGGAAUGUCCACGGAGCGCAGCGUUGCAUUGUCUUUACAUACAAUUCUUGCGUAUUCUACUCAUUACCCAUCCUCAUCCGCAUCCACAAAUUUUAUCCCCGUACAUCCCCCAUACCCGCGAUUAUUGCUCCCCCAUAUCCAUCCAUGUUCGCGCCAAAACCUAGCAAAAUUCGGCAACGGACCGUCACCGUACCCAUCAAGAAGACAUCCGCCCCUUCAGCUGAGCCUAGUCGCUCGUCGUCGCAAGUCAAGAAUUCCGCCCGAAGCGUCUCCUCGAACGGUACCUCGAACGGACCACGGGCACCUGCAGCAGCCGUCCCAGGCAGCCGGUUCCAGCUCACACCAGCAAACAAAUCGCGGGCCCCGACAUCAGCGACAUCUCGAUCCGAUCGUAGGACUUUAACCGUAACGCAUCAGCGCAAAAGGAAAGCGUCACCGAGUACCCCGCAGUGGGCAAGCAGCGACGAGUCGAGCGAUAGCGACGGCAACGAUGAUCGGUUAGGCUCUGGUGGGAGGAAGAGGCAGAAGACGAGUAGCAGUAUCGAGCCGGCGGGUUUAGGUCGCAGUCUGGAACCAGAUCUAAGGCGUCGCAUUAGGUACCAAGUGCCUCCCAAAAAUGGGAAAGAUGUAGCUGCUGCCGAUAAGGAUGUACAGAAGACGAGGCUUAUUCACGGAGUGGAGAUGACGCGUGGUAGAUACGCGAAGCUCUUUCAACCUGCCUUCUCCGGAAGCAAAGAGAUCAUGGUCGCGGAGCUACAGUACCCCAGCCGGUCAAGGCCAGAGAAAUUCGAGGUUGUGGUGCCCAAGGGGGAAAACACGGAAGACUAUAACCCUCUGAGCGACCUCUAUUACAGCAUGGAAGAGAUAAUCAACCACUAUUUGCCGGUGGAUGUCGCCGAAAAGCUCUCUUCCGAAGUCGAUGGCCCGGUGCGUUUGCUCAAGCGUGCCGUGACGAAGAACUCGAAAUCAGAUUUCAAGGACGCUCUUGCCGAUUUCAAUAAUGUCAUAGUCUCGAAGCUUGCCGACAAGACCAUUCAAGGGGUUCUCGACGAUAUGCACGCCAUUCCACUAUCCCUUACCAAAUGUAUCCUAGGACAAGUCUACCAACGGACGGUGUCUCCCGAAGCACAUAAACUGAGGCGGGUGCGAGACAAGAAGACCACAUAUGGAGAACUCAUGCCAGCAUUUGUUCACACGAUCUUCCACCAGACGCACCUGAACUCUGAAUCUGUCUUUGUGGAUUUGGGCUCCGGUGUCGGGAACGUAGUCAUGCAGUCUGCACUGCAAACAGGGGCGGAGAGUUGGGGAAUCGAAAUCAUGGAUAUACCAUCGAAGUGUGCAGAGGAGCAAGCCGUCGAACUGCGUGCGCGCUCCAAGCUUUGGAACCUCUCCCUGGGCGCCAUCAACCUCCUACACGGCGAUUUCCUCGAGUCGCCGGAGAUCGACGAAGUGCUGAAAAGAGCGGAUGUAGUAUUGGUCAAUAACAAGGUGUUCCCGCAAAGGUUGAACGAGCAGCUGCUGUACAAAUUCCUCGAGCUGAAGAACGGAUGCAAAGUCGUCAGCCUGAAUAGUUUCGGCGGCGGAGGAAAGCAAGGCGCGAGGAACGAGAACAGCAUUGCAAACAUCUUCGACGAAGAACGUUUCGACUCCGGGACCGGUAGCGUGAGCUGGAUGGGCGACAGCGUGGAGUACUUCAUCGCCACCAAGGUGCGAUAG